AUGCACGAAAACUACCGCCCAGACUCGACCGAUUCCGGCGUCCUGGACUUGUCCAAACGUCGCGAUUCUGUCGAAACUCGCCGAACUCCGUCACCGUACAACAGCUUCAGCGAAAACGGAUCGCCUCCGUUCCAGAACUCCUCCCCGAUCAACUCAACUAACGCACUUCUGAUGAACUAUCACGCCAUGCAGCAGCGUCACCACCGAGAACUGUCCCCGAAGGCAGCUAUGCCCUACGAAUCCCCAAACCACCUGGACCUGAGACAUCCGGCGAUGCCAAUGGGAUUCCUUCCAGCUCAAGGAUUUCCGCUGAUCCCCAAACAGGAAAACCAUCCAGUGCAUCGUCCGGAGAUUGCUUCCUAUCUGCUUCAAUCCGGUGCCAUUCCGCCCCAGCACCAGUUCCCUCACAGCAGUCCCAUUCAUCCGGCCCGUGAAUCCGACUCGCUGUCCGAAUCCGGUUCCGAAGGACAACUCAUCGGAUCCACCAUGAAACUACCUCAGCUCAAAAUUCCCAGUGAAACCAGCUCCAACACUUCCGGUGGAACCUACCCGAUGGUCGUUGGCCGCGACGGAAAACUCGCCCGACCCUUCAAAGCCUACCCCCGCGAUCCGCUAAGCCUCGCUACCGGCUUCAUGUCCAGCGGCUCCAUCCUGGACGCCAACUCCGCCGAAAAGUACAACAUGUUCCGCAAGCGGAUGCUGGAGCAGAUUCACGCGGCCAACGGCGGUCAACCGACCGUGUCGAACCCGAAAAUGCGACGCCUCAACAAAUCCCUCAGCGACGCGUCCGAAACGGAAAGCGUCCCCGAACGGACCUCCGAAUCCAUCGAGCACCAAUCCCACCAAUCAAAUCAACCCAGUGACAACACGCCCACCGAAUGCAGCAGCAGCAAGCCAUGCCAGGAAGACGCAAGUGGCGCAAGCAAUGGCGGCGGCGAACGAGGAAUGGUGAAAGACUCCGCCUACUACGAGCGGCGCAAGAAGAAUAAUGCGGCGGCGAAAAAGAGCCGCGACCGGCGUCGGAUCAAGGAAGAUGAAAUCGCGAUUCGGGCGGCGUUUUUGGAGCGGGAAAAUAUCGAGCUGAAAUUUGAGCUGGCCGCGGCACGGAAGCAACUGGCGUUGUACGGGGUUGCGGGCGCGGGAUCGCCUUGA